AUGAAGAAGAUGAUGAUUUCUUUCGCCUUGAUGGCUUUUGUUGCAAUUGCUGCAACAGAAAAUCAUUACGUUAUGGAUCCUGAUGGCACAGAAUACCUUGUAGUUGACAAAGAACCGGAGCAUUGCGAACCUGGAAAGAAAUACAUGGUAGACUGUAAUAAGUGCUCGUGUUCAUCUAAUGGAAAAGAUUUAGCUUGUACAAGAAGGAAGUGUCCUCCUCAUCCAGUACAGCAAAACGUUCAGUGGGGACCUUUUUGGAAACAUGGUGACCCUUGUCCAGCCAACAAAGAAUUCUACAGCGAGUGUAACAGAUGUCAGUGUGGUCCCGAUGGAAAAAGUGCAGUUUGUACGCUGAAAGCUUGCGUCCGUCCGGCUGUAUAA